AUGAUUGUGUGUCAUCGUUGCCCCCGUAGAUUUUCGGUCGUCCCCGUUGCCUUUUGCGUUAGUCGGUACGAGCACGCGUCAUUGGAACUGCUUCUGCUUCUUGUUCAUACAGUUUUCAUCAUUGUCGUGUGCUUCAAAAGCGGGUCAGUGGACAAUGACGGCACGCGUGGCCCCUGGGGCGAUUCAUUACUUCAGAAAACCGACUUCGAGGUAUCGGUUGACGGUGUACCUCUCGUCGGACGCCGAUGGUGGAACGGGCCCGAUGGUCCUUUGUUGUUUUUCUCUUAUUCGUUGUUUCCUCGUUUCGCUCCUCCAUUUGGAUGUUAA